AUGAAUUCAAUCACCUCAAUUUUGGCCUGCCUCACAGGCAAAACCGAUCAAUUCGUCGAUAUCCUCAGCACACAUGAAGGUUCCAAAGAAGAACUUCAUCAUCGUCUGAAGCAAGUCAUCUCCACCAAUGGCUGGACAGAAAGCCUCGCCGAAGGAAUCGAGCACAAGUUAGAGAAACUCAUCCAAGACGGCGCAAAGCUAGCAAAGCCCAUGGCUGAAGCUGUUAAAAGAGCUACAGAGAUAGCUUGGCAGUUUGCGAAAGAGCAUCCUGUCUAUGCUGCUCUUAUCGCAGCGGGGACGAUCAUUACUAUUACUGUACUGGCUGAGUUUGAUCUCAUUUGGGUGUUGAGAGCGUUGGGCUUUGAUCCAAUUGGGCCUCGAGUUGGGAGCUUUGCGGCGCGAUGGAUGAGCAAAAUUGGACAAGUACCCAAAGGAUCAAUUUACUCUUAUCUUCAGCGGUUGGGGAUGAAGAUUGCAAAGUGA